AUGUUCACUAAAUUUGUACAGAUUUUCGCUGUCGCCGUGUGUCUCUUUGGAAUAGCUCAUGCUGGAGCCCUCGCUAGUGGAGUUUCAAGUUACGAUGGUUAUAAUACUGGGAAUGGCGCAAACGGUAGAUACAACAUAAACUCUAGAGGAUAUUCUAGUGGAUUCGGCAGUUAUGGUUCCCAUGGCAUUCCUCGCUUACACACCUCAGUAUCUGUAGUGGCCAACAAUGUCGGCUACUCCGGUGGAUAUUCCCGUGGCUACAGAGGUUACAAUGGUGCUUUGAAUGGUUACAUCGCUAAUGGCAUCAAUGCUUAUAAUAAUCUCGGCAACGGAUACAACAACAAUGGCUACAGCCUCAGUGGUUACAACAAUGGUGGUUACAGCAAUGGUGGUUACCUCAAUGGUGGUUACCUCAAUGGUGGUUACCUCAAUGGUAGAUACAGCAACAGAGGAUACAACAACGCUGAUUAUAGCAAUGGUGGCUACCUUAAUGGUGUAUACAGCAACGGUGGUUACAAUAAUGGUGGAUACAGCAACGGUGGUUACAACAGUGGUGGUUAUAGAAAUGGUUACAAUAAUGGUUGGUAA